CUCUCUGGCAUUGGGUAAGUGACUUCUUAAACUCUGGCCUUCAGGAUGCUCCCAAGCUGUUGGGGGAGACAGUUAGGCUGGUGUGGACUCCUUUUAUGGCUUAGCAUUGGAAAUUCAGGAGCUGAACCUCCUACUCCACCUCCAAAGUGCACGGAUUUCCAGAAUGCCAGCUUACUCCGAGGCACCAAACUCAAAGUCCAGUUUCUUCUUUUCACUUCUAAGAACCCUAACUGUGGGCAACUUGUAUCAGAAAAGAGCGACAUCCAACAAUUUGGGUUCAAUGCCUCGCUGGACACCAAACUAAUUAUCCAUGGAUUUAGGGCUCUGGGAACAAAACCUUCCUGGAUUGAUAAAGUCAUUGGUGCCAUUUUGCGGGCAACUGACGCAAAUGUGAUUGCUGUGGAUUGGGUUUAUGGCUCAACAGUUGCAUAUUUUUCAGCUGUGGGAAAUGUGGUUAAGUUGGGGCUUGAGAUUUCCAGUUUCCUGAAGAAACUCAUGAUGCUGGGUGUGUCGGAGUCUUCAGUCCACAUCAUUGGUGUUAGCCUGGGUGCCCAUGUUGGAGGCAUGGUGGGACGGUUCUACGAAGGUCGGUUAGGACGUAUCACAGGUCUAGAUCCUGCUGGGCCCGAGUACACCAGAGCGAGCCUGGAGGAGCGCCUGGACCCCGGAGAUGCCCUGUUUGUGGAAGCCAUCCACACAGAUACAGACCAUUGGGGUAUUCGAAUUCCUGUUGGACACGUGGACUACUUUGUCAAUGGAGGCCAAGAUCAACCUGGCUGUCCCACCUUCAUGUAUGCAGGCUACAGUUAUCUGAUCUGUGAUCACAUGAGAGCUGUACACCUCUACAUCAGUGCUCUGGAGAACUCCUGUCCACUGAUGGCCUUUCCCUGCUCCAGCUACAAGGCCUUUCUUGAUGGACACUGCGUGGAUUGUUUUAACCCUUUUCUUCUUUCCUGUCCAAAGAUUGGACUGUUGGAACAAGGGGGUAUCAAGAUAAAGCCACCCCCCAAGGAAGUCAAAGUCUACCUCCUAACAACUUCUAGGGCUCCAUACUGUGUGCAUCACAGUCUGGUGGAGUUCCACUUGCAGGAACCAAGAAACAAGGACACUAACAUCGAAGUCACCUUCCUUAGCAGCAAUGUCUCAGUCAAGAUCACUAUCAAUAUACCUAGACACCAACUCCAGGGAAAUGGAGUCAUAUCUCAUACCAGCCCACAAUGUCAGAUAAACCAAGUGAAACUCAAAUUUCAAUCUUCCACCCGGCUUUGGAGAAAAGAUUGGAAUAUCAUUGUUGGGAAGUUCUGCACUGCCCCUCUACCUGUCAAUAACAAUGACCAUAUGACUUGUUUACCUGUGCCAGUGACAUUACAAGCAGGACUGGUUGCUACUUGUGACCUGAACAUAAAUUGUGUUUAGUAUAAGCAUGAGCAUGAGCAGGACAUAUAUUACUGGAUUUCAAAGAUGGAGGUUUCAACUUAUUCUGUAUCAUUAUCACUUAGAAGGAAGGUAAAAUUAUUCAUGAUUUCCUCCCUAAGUAACUGUUUCAAAGGAAAAAGGUAGCUCAGUUUGCAAAGAUUUAGCUCCAUUGUCAGUUUGAAGAGUGUAACACAAAAAGCAUUUAGGUUUCCUAUUCAUUUUUAAUCACCUAUUACUGAAUUCUUGGGCAUCUGUACACAGGAUUCAGGAGAAAUAGAUACAAAGAAUGUGCUUUUUAAAACAGCAACCAGAUUAGGGCCAGAGAGAUAGUAAGGAGGUAAGGCGCUUGCCUUUUAUGCAGCCAACUUGGGUUCAAUCGCCAGCACCCUAUAUGGACCCCUAGUUCCCAGCCAGGAAUAUUUCCUCAGUACAAAUCCAAAAG